CAUCAAAAGUACUGGAACAGCUGAAGUUGGAAAACUCUUACGACAUAACCAUUAUUUGCAGAAAUUGAGUUUAGAAUGGAAUGGUGUAGGCAUCUUUCCUGAAAAAUUUGCUCUGCUCUGUGAAGGUUUAAGUGUAAAUGACUCUUUAAAAGAUCUAGAUUUACGGAAUAACAGUUUAACUCAUAUCUGUGCACAAUCAUUAUCAGAAGCUAUUAGUAAGAACCUUGUGCUGCAGAAAUUAGAUUUACGAUGGAACAGCAUUGGUUUAAUUGGUGGCAGAGCAAUUUUAAAUUCCAUGUAUAAAAAUAAAACACUAAUAUCAGUUGAUAUUUCUGGAAAUGAUAUUCCAUUGGAUCUCAUAAAAUCUGUUGAAAUAGCAACAACCAUUGCUGCAGAAAGGUAUUUAGCAAACAACGAUCAUAUUGAAAAGACAAAGUUUUUAAUUUCGAAAUUGCAAAAUUUGGAGCACGAGAAAAAUGUUCAGCUCAAGACUUUGAUGAAUCAGUUAGAGCACAAAGAAAAGGAGACAUCUGAAUGUGAACGGUGGACUUCUCUGAGGAUGAGUCAACUAAAUGAAACUUUGUCGGAGAAAAAUAUCUUAAUAGAAGAUUUGAAAAUGAAUCUGCAUGAGUCUCAAAGGAAAAUUUCCAUUGCUCUAGAAGAAAAGAAUAUGUUAGUACUGAAGCUAAACGAAGUAGAGGCAAAGAGUAAAGAAAUGAGGACACAGUAUCAAGAAGAUUUGCAAAAAGAAAAACAGGAAAGAGAAACUGUAGAGAGGAAAUUGUUGGAAGAAAUUGGUUUUCUAAAAGAAGAAAAUUUAUUUUUAAAGCAAAAAGUACAAGAUCAGAAAACGUUGCUAUCUCAUUUGGAAGACCAAAACAUGAAACUAAAGGGAACUAUUACGAAACUGGAAAAGAUGUCCAAGAUUGAUCAAAGCUCCUUUGAAGAACAGCUGUUAUCAAUCAGUGAAAGACAUGCAGAAGCUUUACGAGAAAGUGAAAAACUGAGGAAAAGCGAGGUUGCUAGGGUUAGAAGUGAACUUCUAGAUGUUGAAAGGAAUCUAAAGCAAAAAAUUGCGCUUCUAGAAUCUGUAAAUGCUGAUAAAGAACAGGAACUAUCCAACAAAAUACACCAGCUUUGUUCUGAAAACAAUCGAAUGGAAGAAUUAUUAGAGCAGUUGAGAAAGCAGAAGAAAGUGGAUGAAGAAAACUUGAAGCAACAAAUGGAAGAGAGAAUCGAAAUUGUUGACAAUUCGAAAAAGAAACUAGAGGAAUUACUCCAAGAAAAUUUGCAGACUUUAUCUGAAAUAAGAAAAAAAGCUGCAAGUCUUGAUCUCGAGUUGGCAGAAUCUUUGCACAGAAAUAAUUGCCUGCAACAAGCUAUUGAAGGCAAAGAUUCAGAAAUAGAAGCAGUGAAGAUCAAAGCAAAAUUGGAGGUGAGAGAGCAACUUGAAGAGUUGGGUGAUACGAAGAAACUUUUGCAAGAAGCCUAUAAAGAGUUGGAUGACAUGAAAAAGCUGUCAAGAGAGUUAAAGGAAGAGCAUCAAAGCGAAAUGAAGAUGAAAAAUGAAGACAUCACCAAUCUAAAAAAUGAAGUUGAAAAGCAGAAAAGCAUUAUAAAAGAAAUAUUACAUGACACGAAUCAAAGGAACUUAAAACUGCAGUCAGAAUAUGCACCCUAUUUGGACACAGUAAAAAUAAAUACUAGUCAUGAUUUUUCUUAGUUUGUGGACAGCUAAUGCUUGAGAAUUUAAUUGUCAUCGCCUCGGAACAACUCUAAGACGUUUAAAAGCAGUAAGACAUUUGCUCAUAACCUACUGUUGCCCUGAAGUGAUGAUAUAUGUAAAAAAAACAAUGAUAAUAAGCUUUAUGGUUGUUUUUAAAAUGACCUUUACAACUUUGUUAAUAAUGAAAUUAAGGCCCAAUCCUGUGGGUCCAUGGACCAGGGCACCACUAUUUUAUAAGAAUUUUAUAGAAUAAAUUUCUUCCUUUCUUUUGCUUUUUU